UCGCACGCCUUCACUCAGCCCAAACAUAAAACACACUUCGAACGCCGUCGCUCAGCAGAACCAAACACUUCCCACCUCUGCACGUUGUCGUUCCCGCUCCUGCCUCCGCUGUAUCUCAGACUUCUCUUCGCCGUCACUCCCAACUCCGGCGCUGUCUAAGCCUCUCUUUGCCAUCGUCGCUCCCACCUCCUCCGACGUCUCAGCCUGCACCAAAGUUUCUACCGUUGUCGCCUCUUCCCGACUCUACCGCGGUCUCCACCACUAUCCUACAGGCCGAAAGACAAGAAGAAGGGGAGAAGUUACAUGUUUCAGCAUAGCCAUGUUCGCCACUAUGGCUUCUCUCUAUGUCGUCGGUUGUUUAUGGAUAGAUGCGGAAAACAGAGUUUACUUGACAAAAGAGCUUGAUAGGAUAACUGGUCAGGGACAAUCUGCAAUCUCUGUAGAUGACACUUGGAAGAUCAUAGAGUGCAGCCAACCAAAACAGCCCAAGAUUCAAACACCGGUGGCUAUUGCCUCUGUUGAGUUUAUUGAUCCAAGUGAACCUGUUGUGAUUGUUCCCAUCUUGAGAGCUGGCCUAGCUCUUGCUGAGCAUGCAUCAUCAAUCCUGCCUGCAACAAAAAUUUAUCAUCUGGGUUCUUUCAAUGAAGGCAAAGAAUAUGUAUACUUAGAAAGGGUUUGAAGCAAUUCCUAGAGCUUUUCAAGAACAGAAGGACGAAGGUCUAAAUGAGAGCAUUAGUGCAUAUAGUGGAGAUGUCUCUGUCCAAGUUUCAGAUGAUGAAGAAGAUGGCAGAGAGAAAUCAGCCAUUUCUAUUCCAAGCUGGCAGGCUCCUCUAAGCCUGGUAAUUUCAUAAUAAGAAAUCUGAUUCCUUUUUUAUCAUUUGAUGCCAAAUUUUUGGAUGUUUCUACUGAAAUUAUGCUAUUUUAGAUUAUUACUAGUGAUUUACAUAAUUGAUGUAUGGUUUUAUACUUUGACUACCAAUGUUUUUUAUGCUUGAGAUUUAGAGCUACAAUUUGAUGAUACAAUGAUAUCAAAUAUGAUGUUUUGUGCACAA